AUGAUAAACAGUCUUGCCAACAUUCCACUGACCCCCGAGACUCAGCGGGACCAGGAGCGGCGGAUUCGGAGGGAGAUCGCCAACAGCAACGAGCGGAGGCGCAUGCAGAGCAUCAAUGCAGGCUUCCAGUCCCUCAAGACCCUCAUCCCCCACACAGAUGGAGAGAAGCUCAGCAAGGCGGCCAUUCUCCAGCAGACGGCGGAGUACAUCUUCUCCCUGGAGCAGGAGAAGACCAGGCUUCUGCAGCAGAACACGCAGCUCAAGCGCUUCAUCCAGGAGCUGAGCGGCUCGUCCCCCAAGCGGCGGCGUGCGGAGGACAAGGACGAGGGCAUCGGCUCGCCGGACAUCUGGGAGGAUGAGAAGGCGGAGGACCUGCGGAGGGAGAUGAUCGAGUUGCGGCAGCAGCUGGACAAGGAGCGCUCGGUGCGCAUGAUGCUGGAGGAGCAGGUUCGAUCGUUGGAGGCCCACAUGUACCCUGAAAAGCUCAAGGUGAUUGCACAACAGGUGCAGCUGCAGCAACAGCAAGAGCAGGUGCGACUGCUGCACCAGGAGAAGCUGGAGCGGGAGCAGCACCUGCGGACCCAGCUCCUGCCCCCUCCGGCCCCCACCCACCACCCCACGGUGAUCGUGCCAGCACCGCCACCCCCUCCCUCCCACCACAUCAACGUCGUCACCAUGGGCCCCUCCUCGGUCAUCAACUCUGUUUCCACGUCCCGGCAAAAUCUGGACACCAUCGUGCAGGCGAUCCAGCACAUCGAGGGCACCCAGGAAAGGCAGGAGCAGGAGGAGGAGCAGCGGCGAGCUGUAAUUGUGAAGCCAGUCCGGAGCUGCCCGGAGGCCCAGGCUUCUGACACCGCCUCCGAUUCAGAGGCCUCGGACAGCGACACCAUGGACCAGAGCCGGGAGGAGCCGGCUGGGACCGGGGGACUUCCCUGA